AUGGCCGACCCGUACCAAAACAACAGGUACCAGCAGCAGGGGGGCGGCGGGGACGCCUACGGGUCGUACGGGGAGGGGGGGGGCCAGGACGGGUACGCGUACCAGGGGGACUACCCGGCGCAGGAAGAGGACGCGGCCAGCGACGCCACCGAGGGCCACGAUGAGGAGGACCAGAUGUACGAGGGGGAGUACCAGGGGAUCCCCCACCCGGACGAGGUCAAGGCCGCGCAGCGAGCCGCCAGGGCCAAGUCUAGACCAGCAGGCAAUGUUAUCUCGGAGUUGGAGGAGUUGUCUGAACAGUAUGAGGAGAUCAUGGAGGACUGUGGCCACGGACGGUUCCAGUGGACUCUCUUCAUCGUCCUGGGGCUGGCUCUCAUGGCCGACGGGGUGGAGUGCUUUGUGGUGGCGUUCGUGUUGCCCUCCGCCGAGAAGGACCUGUGUCUGUCUAACGCAGAGAAAGGAAUGCUGGGUCUGACUGUGUUCCUGGGCAUGAUGGUGGGGGCGUUUGUGUGGGGGGGCCUGGCGGAUAAGGUGGGCCGCAGGCGCUGCCUCAUUGUCGCCUUGACGAUCAACUGCGUGUUCGCGUUCCUCUCCUCCUUCGCCCAGGGAUAUGGCUUCUUCCUCUUCUUCAGGCUCCUCUCAGGCUUCGGUAUCGGGGGUUCAGUGCCCAUCGUCUACACCUACUUCUCAGAGUUUCUUCAGAUGGGCAAGCGGGGGGAGUACCUGUCCUGGCUGUGCAUGUUCUGGAUGAUCGGAGGAAUCUACGCUUCCUUCACUGCCUGGGGCAUCAUACCCCGAUACGGCUGGGGCUUCAGCAUGGGCACAGAGUUCCAGUUCCACAGCUGGCGUGUGUUUGUCUUGGUGGCUGCCCUGCCAGCCAUCAUCUCCCUGGUGGGCCUCACCUUUAUGCCUGAGAGCCCCCGUUUCCUCCUGGAGAAUGCUAAGCAUGACGAGGCGUGGAUGAUUCUGAAGCGGGUGCACGACACGAACUGGAGGGCCAAGGGCCAGCCGGAGAAGGUCUUCACUGUGACCCACAUCAAGGCUCCCAAGACGGCUGAGGACGAGUUCAUCGAGAUCCAGAGCGCUACAGGGACCGCCAUACAGCGCUGGGCCGUCCGCUCCGCCACACUCUGCAAACUGGUGCUAAAGAACGUAGCGUCUCUUCUGUCGGCUGAGCUGAGGAUCACCACUCUCUUCCUUGCCAUUAUCUGGUUCUGCAUGGCUUUCAGUUACUAUGGUCUGUCCGUGUGGUUCCCUGACAUGAUCAAACAUCUUCAGAAUGAAGAGUAUGAAGCAAGAGUCAAAGUGAUCACCAAGGUGUUCCAUGGAGAGCGCGUGGAGCGAUUCCGUUUCAACUUCUCUUUAGAAAACCAGAUCCAUAGAGAAGGAGAAUACAUCAGAGAUGAGUUCAUCAACAUAGAGAUCAAGUCAGUGACGUUUGAGGACUCUCUGUUCGAAGACUGUUACUUUAAGGACAUCAGGUCCAGCAACACAGUGUUUAGGAACUGCACCAUCAGAUCCACUGAGUUCAUCAACACAGACCUGUGGAAGGACAAAUUCAUCGACUGUAAAUUGGAGAAUGUAUCCUGGCACGAAAACAAACGAGGCUGUCACCUUGACGCGGCGGAGGAGAACGACGUCCUCAUUUACCUGGUCAGCUUCCUGGGCAGCCUGGCCGUGUUGCCGGGCAACAUCGUGUCCGCCCUGUUCAUGGAGAAGGUCGGCCGGGUCAAGAUCAUAGGUGGCUCUAUGCUGGUGUCGGCGGGCUGCACCUUCCUGCUCUUCCUGAGCUUCAGCCAGGCCGCCAUCAUCGCCAUGCAGUGCCUGUUCUGCGGCGUGAGUGCGGCCGCGUGGAACGGCAUCGAGGUGGUCACUGUGGAGCUGUACCCCACCUCCAAAAGGGCCACCGCGUUCGGCCUGUUGAACGCCAUGUGCAAGUUGGCGGCCAUCUUGGGCAGCUCUAUCUUCGCCAGCUUCGUGGGCAUCACCAAGGUCAUCCCCAUCCUGCUGUCGUUCGUUGCGCUCAUCUGCGGCGGGCUGGUGGCGCUCAAGCUGCCCGACACCCGCGAGAAAAUCCUCCAGUGA